UUCUUAUGAAAUCUGUUGCUGAGAUGAACAAGAAGCUGGACAUUCUUAUUGAGUCAUCCCAAGGUGGUCCCACUCACAAUGGAUCUCAGUCUGAAGAUGCUCUUCGUACUUCAGAAAAUGAGGAUGAUGAAGAUUCCACUUCGGAGGAAGACGAGGAUGAUAAAUUCGACGAUGACAAAGGAGAUGAUCAUCAUGACGAUGAAACUGAUGAUGAUGAUGAUGAUCUGGGUGGAGAUGGUGUUGGUGCUGGUCAGGAUGAGGCUCACACGGGCGAUGUUCGUAACGAUGAGGGUGUUGUUGUCCCCGCGGUUGUUUCGAGGGAUGAUGAUACCGGCAAGGUCGAUGAUGCCAAGAAUUCUGAAACUGUGGAACCUAUUGCAGAGAUCAAACAGCCUGACCAGUCUCAAGGUGGGGAGGAGAACAUUGAUGUUGAUGCAACAAUUGCAUCUGCUGUUAAAGCUGUGGAGAAUUUGAUUGGUUCCUCAACUCAUGCCCCUGCUCCUGUUGACACUUCUGAGAAGACUAAUCUUGAAAUGGUUGUUUUUCAAGAGACUCCUAUUUUACGUCCUCAAAAGAGGGAUCGGAAGAAAGGAGCUGUUUUGAAAUCCCCAUUCAUUGAGCUUGCUUCUGGUGCAUCUAAAUCAGGUUCAUCCUCGGUUUCUCCUGAUGAUUCUGUGUAUAAGGUCGUUAAAUAUGUGCGUGGUUUGUGCCCGUUGGACAACAAGAUUGGUGAACCUGUUGAUCCGCAAUUGGAAGCUGAUUUUGUCAAGUGGGUUGAUUCAGGUCUUAGAAAGCACAAAUCUAAGUAAGUAUUUUUGUAUGUGUUUUCAGUUGUAUAUCUGUUAUUGU